AAUCUCCCACGGCUAUGGCUUCUCCUACUCCUCCCCUCCAAAUUUACUUCUUCCCUUUCGUCGGCGGCGGCCACUUCAUCCCCAUGAUCGAUCUCGCCCGCCUCUUCGCCGCCCACGGCGCCGCCGCCACCAUCCUCGCCGCCCCAAACGACGUCGUCACAUUCCAAAACUCCAUCCAAAGAGACCACCAACAAUCCGGCCUCCCCAUCUCCCUCCACCCCCUUCUCCAAAACUCCGACCUCUCCGCCUCCCCCUUCACCGACACCUCCGCCCUCCACGACCCCCUCCGCCGCCUCCUCCUCCACCGCCCCCCCGACUGCAUCAUCGCCGACACUUUCCACCGCUGGGCUUCCGACCUCAUCGACGAUCUCCAAAUCCCAAGAAUCGUUUUCAAUGGCGGCUGCUGCUUCUCCCGAUGCUGCGAACACAGCAUCACUUCCCACUCCCCCCACACAAAAGUAGAUUCCGAUUCCGACCAUUUCACCCUCCCUGGCCUCCCCGACACCAUCCAAUUGUGCCGAUCCCAGCUCCCCAUCUUCGUCCGUACCGCCGGCGAUUUCCCCGGAAAGCUCCGAAAAUCCGACGAGAACUCUUUAGGACAGGUGAUCAACAGCUUCCACUAUCUGGAGCCCUCUUACGUCGAUUAUUACAAGAAUGUGAUGGGAAAGAAAGCCUGGCUUGUCGGGCCAGUGUCUCUGUACAACAAGAAUGUACAAGACAAGUUCGAGAGAGGUCAGAGGGCCGCCAUUGAUGAGCAAACCUGCCUCAACUGGCUGGACUCUAAAAACCCUAAUUCAGUUCUUUACGUCAGCUUUGGCAGCUUAGCUCGAUUGAGCAAAGCCCAGAUUUUCGAGAUUGCAGCUGGGCUUGAGAAUUCAGGGCACCCUUUUGUGUGGGCUAUUGGGAAGAUUCUCGAAGAUGACGACGAUGAAGGGAGGUGUUUUCCAGAUGGAUUUGAGAAAAGAGUUUUGGAUUCUGAACAGGGUUUGGUGAUCAAAGGAUGGGCCCCACAGCUGUUGAUUCUUGAGCAUGGAGCUGUGGGGGGUUUCAUGACGCAUUGCGGCUGGAAUUCGACGCUGGAGGGAGUCUGCGCCGCCGUGCCGAUGAUCACGUGGCCGCUGUCGGCGGAGCAGUUUUAUAACGAGAAGCUGGUGACUGAGGUGUUGGGGAUAGGGGUGGGAGUGGGGAGUGUGGAGUGGGGGUCGUGGAACAUGGAGGGGAGGGCGGUGGUGGGGAGGGAGGAGGUCCGGGCGGCGGUUGGGAGGCUGAUGGGCGGUGAUGCGGCGGCGGAGGAGAUGAGGCGGCGGGUGGAAGUGCUGGCGGUGGAGGCGAAGAAGGCUGUGGAAGAAGGAGGGUCUUCGUUUCGGGGUGUUGAUGAUUUAAUUGAAGACUUGAGAUCUUACAAGAAGAAGCAGAACAGUGAAUGAGAUUGGGAAGUGUUCUUGAUCCUAUGGGUUCGAUGUAGGAACUGUUGUUAUAUAGGAUUGAUUAGAAAAAAUAGAGAAAGAACUGAAUUGAAUUUCACAGGUAUACAAACGAUUUUGAGUUGCGUAGACUUGUUUA